AUUUAACAUCUGCAAUCUAACUCCCAGAUCAGGAACACUACUGGCUUUGCUUUGUACUUAUCGAGAUGGAGUCUGAGGAAGGAGGCGACGAGAGCGUGUUUAUGAAGCGGAAGGCGGCGAGCCGCGCUCCCCGCCACCGGCCCCGGGCUUCGCGUUAUCAGUCGAAGAUGUAGCUGGAGAUACUGCGCCGCGUCCGCACGUCGGGAUCCUGUUUUGAUGCGCGCGUUGUUCGGUAAAGACGGCAGUACCAGCGCAUUAAAUUACGCGUGGUUUAUUUAAACUGUUUAGGGUGUUAGUCUACGCGAUAAGCGAUUUUUGCACGUCUGGAUUGGCGCAGACCUUAUUAUACACUGCUGUACUUUCGUAUUACUCGUAUUCUAUCUUAGUUUGGCAUUCGAGACCCUUAGGUCAUGUAGCCUGAGAGAACUGCUUCACCACAGAUUAACAUCCUGUUGAGAAUAUUUUCGGCAAAAGAAGAGGAGUAACGGUCAGAGACGGAGGGAAAGGAGGAGACUGUUAAAAGCGAGCUGAUGUCAGACAACGCACUCAGGCAACACAGACAUGCAAGAUGACGAAAUCUAAACGAGUGGGGCUGUUUAUCUUUAAUGAAUCAAAACAGAGGCCACAUAUUACCCACCACUGGCGCACAAGGCUUGGCAUUGCUGGUCUCUCUCUGCUUGUCUCUCCUCCUGCAUGAAAAAGUAGCCUACGGACAACAUCUUGUUCACACUGGCAUGGGUGUCUGACAUCUGGAAGUUAGGUCUUGUCAAGCACACAGGCAAGAGUAGGUUCCUCACAGUACCGCCUCACAGAUGAGAGCUGCAUCCAGACGACUGAGGAACCCAUUAUAGAUCAGUUCUCCUGACCAUUCAUCUUCAGUGGGAGAACUAAAAACUCAAGAUUAAGAUUUCACAGAGAGAAGACAUGGGAGCGGUCGCAACAUUCUCGCUGCUGCUCGCGCUGAUGCAUUCAAGGGUCGACACAAACGCAGCCGAAAGUGAGGGGGCCAGGUUGCGCUGCGCUUGUGAGAACACCUACUCGUGCGAGGAUGGCGGCCUGCCGCCCACUUGCCUGGGGUACGUCUGCUUCUUCACGGUGGUGCAAGGGGUCACAAAGCGUGGCUGCUUCGAGAAGGAGCACAUGAGUCAGUGCCACGUGUCCCGGAUCCGUAGCGUGUACACCGAGUGCUGCAACUCCAGCUACUGCAACUCCAACACCACGGCGCCCCAUGAGCGAGAUCCGAGCAAGCCCGGCAGUAUGAUGAUAUUGGUGACCGUGCCUCUGCUGGUACUCCUGGGGCUGUCUGUCAUGCUGUGUGGCCUGGUGUUGUGGUUGCGUUCCCGACGGCAGCACCACCAUCUACAGGAACACGACCACUCCAUGCUCAGAGUGCCUAGCGGAGGAGACCCCACCUAUGGGGAUAUCUUUGAUGAGUUUUGCACGUCAGGCAGUGGGACUGGACUGCCUUACCUAGUGCAGAGGACCAUGGCUCGACAGAUCUCCUUAGUGGAGUGUGUCGGUAAGGGACGCUACGGGGAGGUGUGGAGGGGCACGUGGAUGGGGGAGAGUGUGGCUGUGAAAAUCUUCUCAUCCCGAGAUGAGCAAUCCUGGUUCAGGGAGACAGAGAUCUACAACACAGUCCAGCUGAGACAUGAAAACAUCUUAGGUUUCAUUGCUUCGGAUAUGACGUCUAAGAACUCCAGCACCCAGCUCUGGCUGGUCACCCAUUUCCAUGAGCUGGGAUCACUGUACGACUUCCUGCAGUACAGCACCUUGGACCCUGAGGGAGGCCUGCGCAUGUGCCUGUCUGUGGCCAGCGGCCUGGUGCACCUGCACACGGAGAUCCUGAGCACCCAGGGCAAGCCUGCCAUCGCCCACCGCGACCUCAAGAGCCGAAACAUUCUGGUGAAGAGAAAUGGCCAGUGCUGCAUCGCCGACUUGGGUCUGGCAGUCAUUCAUUCCCAGUCCAAUGACUACCUGGAUGUAGGAAACAACCCAAGGGUGGGCACCAAGCGUUACAUGGCUCCCGAGGUCCUGGACGAGAGCAUCCGUGUUGACAUCUUUGAGUCGUACAAGCAGACUGAUAUCUGGGCUCUGGGUCUUGUACUGUGGGAGAUCACCCGCCGCACCAUUGUAAAUGGAAUUGUGGAGGAGUAUCGUCUGCCCUUUUUCGACGUGGUGCCCUCUGACCCCAGUUUCGAGGAGAUGAAGAAAGUGGUGUGUGUGGAUCAACAUAGACCGUGCCUUCACAAUCGUCUUCACUCCCAUCCGAUCCUGUCUGCCGUGGCUAAAAUUAUGAAGGAGUGCUGGUUCCAAAGCCCUUCAGCUCGUCUCACUGCCUUGCGUGUGCGCAAGACCCUGGCAAAGCUGGAUCAGGACCAGGACUGCAGCACGGACAAACUCAAACUAGACGUCUAGAGCUCCAUCACUGCACAGCGCCGGACCGGCACCUAAUGGACAAAACGUGCCAUGUUUCAGCCUGUUUGGGUGCUAGGACCCAUCCGAGCUUUAUGUGCCUUUUAAAAAUAGCCUCUGUCCCGAGUUCAUUCCCGGUGCCUCGACACAGAGUGGG